AUGGGUGUUUUACUGAAGUUCAGGAAUUUUACGUGCACCGUCACACAUACACGCACACACACUCUCUCUCACAUCACAUUGGCAUUGGUUUCAUCGACCCCAACACAGAGAAGUGGCUCUCUCUCUCCCUUAUACUCGCUCCCUUACAGCUCAGACGGACUCCCCAAAACACACACACUCUCUCUCCUCUCUCUCUCUACAAAAUCAUCUCAUUUCAAAUCACUUCUCUCCAAUUUUCCCUUAUCUUUCUUGCUUUUUCUCUCCCUUGCUACAACAAUGGCGUCUUCCUCUCUGGCGACUGCUUCGGCUGUGACCAAAUCCACCACUUUGCAUCAUUGUCAUCACAAUACCUACAGGUCUUGCCCUCCUUCCAAGGUCUCAUUCCAUCUCUCUCAUAAGCCCAAGCUCCGAUUCGUCACCACCAAGGGUUUGCAGCCAAGUCGUAGUUGUUCCACUGUGGUGAAAGCUCACUUGAAUGAGGUUGCCUUGGAUGGAUCCUCCAAUGCUGCACCUCCUCCUUUACACAAGUCAGACCCAAAACACCCAAAAGGAAAAGAUGCUAAACCAUCAAGCAAGCCUUCUUCUUCAGUUUUGGCGACGGAGGAAUCAAUCUCUGAGUUUAUUAGUCAAGUUGCAAGCCUUGUAAAGCUUGUUGACUCACGAGAUAUUGUAGAGUUGAAAUUGAAGCAGCUUGACUGUGAAGUUGUAAUUCGGAAAAAAGAGGCGUUACCUCAGCCACCUCCUCCUCCUCCUCCUGCAGCUACAUAUCAAGCACUACCUCCAGCUAUGGCCCCACCAGCUCCAUCUGCUCCUGCACCUGCACCUGCUCUAGUGUCUUCUCCACCACCCCCUGCAGCACCAGCGGCUCCCAAGUCUACAAAGUCAUCGCUUCCACCACUUAAAUGUCCAAUGGCAGGGACAUUCUACCGAAGUCCUGGACCCGGUGAACCUCCAUUUGUAAAGGUUGGAGACAAAGUACAGAAGGGACAAGUUUUGUGCAUCAUUGAGGCCAUGAAACUGAUGAAUGAAAUAGAAGCCGACCAAUCUGGAACUAUAGUAGAGGUCGUUGCAGAAGAUGGCAAACCCGUCAGUGUGGACACACCUUUAUUCGUGAUCCAACCAUAGAAUUUCAAUGAGUAAUCAUGCAUAGUAGUUGGAGUGACCGGAGAGUAGAAGUGGUGCUGCUCCACCUAGCAAAGUUUGUAACUUGCGGCCGUGGUUGUGUGUCGUGUGGUAGAAUAUUUUGGUUGAAAUGAGAUGUAGUUAACUUAGGGGCCAAAUAACUUAUUUCUGAAUCUUGAAUACCGUAGCUGAGACGAUUUUCUCUUGUGCUUCACACCCGAUAGUGGUUUUCUUUUCUUUUUUUCCCACCCCAAUUUCUUAUAUGUUGUUUGGAACCCAGCAAAAUGAUGCUGUUAGACAGAGGAACUAAAUUCUUAAUGUCUCUCGGUACCCUAAUAAUUAUCAAUAUGAUAGUUUUCUUAUCUA